AUCGGUCGAUGACUAGAGAAGAGGGAGAGAAGCUCUCGGUGCAAGUGCAGUUCAACCUCGUACCAGAAUAAAACGGCAUUCUCUCGUUCUGAAUUGCAGAGAUUGAUCAAGUAUUGGAGUGAAUCUUCGGUAUCGCGCGGUUCAAUGCAAACGCGACUAAAAGAAAUUGAAAGGCUGAUCGGAGUUGAUCGGAGUUGAUCGACUCUGGUCGUCGUCGGUCCUCGGGGGUGGGGGGGAAGCAUCGUCGGCUUCGGUGGGUGCCGCGAGCUGCCAAGGUGCCGAGCGCGGAGCGAGAAUGUGACGCCAGCAAAGCGGAUUGCGACUUCCGUCUCUGUCUCUCACCUCGCACAAUGAAAGUACGCAAGGUAGAGUGAAGUGGGGACACGGUGUUGGCGGAAAAGAAAGAGGGAAGGUGGGAGAGAAAUUGUCCGUUUCACGAGCCGUCAUGGCUGAAUCAUUGUGAAGGCGCGCGCGGCGAGCGACGACGGCUCUUCGGUACAGAAAAGCGAUAAGAAAUGACGACGCGGGUGAAUCAUUAGGGUGGCCUGGAGCGAAGAAGAAGAGGAAGAACCGCGCGGCGCGAGUGACGAUACGACGGCGGGUGACGGAGUGGCUCGAUGCCGAAGCCUCGCGGCGGGUGGGAGACGUGAUAAUAGAGACGGUGUUUCGUGCGCGGGGGCGAAAACCGUGUUUCGGUGCCGCACGAUGAACGGGUUAAGCCUGAGUGAACUGUGUUGCCUGUUCUGUUGUCCGCCCUGCCCGUCCAGAAUCGCAGACAAGUUAGCCUUCCUGCCGCCCGAGCCGACGUACACGUUCGUCGAGGACGAGGGCUCCAAGUUCUCCAUUUCCCUGUCGGAGCGCGCCGAGUGGCAGUACACGGAGCGCGAGAAGGAGUCGGUCGAGGGCUUCUACGCGAGGACCUCGCGCGGCAACCGCAUAGCAUGCCUCUUCGUCCGCUGCUCGGCGACCGCGCGCUUCACCAUCCUCUUCUCCCACGGCAACGCCGUCGACCUCGGCCAGAUGUCCAGCUUCUACCUCGGGCUGGGCUCGCGCAUUAACUGCAACAUAUUCAGCUACGAUUACUCGGGCUACGGGGUCUCGGCUGGCAAGCCGUCCGAGAAGAAUCUCUACGCGGACAUCGACGCCGCGUGGCACGCGCUCCGUACGCGCUACGGCAUCAGCCCGGAGAACAUAAUACUCUACGGCCAGAGCAUCGGCACCGUGCCCACCGUUGACCUCGCCGCGAGAUACGAGGUCGGCGCGGUCGUCCUCCACUCGCCGCUCAUGUCCGGCAUGCGGGUCGCUUUCCCCAAAACCAAGAGAACUUGGUUCUUCGACGCUUUCACCAGCAUAGAUAAAGUGCCGAAAGUAACGUCUCCUGUUCUGGUUAUUCAUGGCACCGAAGACGAAGUCAUAAAUUUUAGCCACGGUCUGGCGAUCUACGAAAGAUGUCCACGAGCAGUGGAGCCACUGUGGGUCGAGGGAGCCGGACACAAUGAUGUAGAGCUAUACAAUCAAUACCUCGAACGACUGAAACAAUUUGUAAGUGUGGAAUUGAUAAACUGACGGCGACUCAGCCUCUCCCAGAGUCAGGGAGGACAGGGAGGGGGCCAUAUGCAUGCAAACAGCCAAGGACGUACCGUUUCCAACAACUCUAAUACCAUCAGUUCCAUUUCGACGAGUUCUCCAACGGAGAAGCUUGUCUAGCAGUCGCCACCCACAGGGGAGAAGACACCUGUCCUUCCCUGUGACGAAGAAUCAUCUUUCGCUUCUGUAGAUGAUGUAUUCUUCUAUU